UUCAUUCCACGCCUUCGGCCCCUCCCCCGCGCGCAAGAUGGCGGCGCCCAGUGAAGCGGAGGCCGCGGCGGCAGCGGCCGGGGGUGCCUGAAAAGGGACUCCUAGCCUCUUGUCCGCCUCCCUCCCCGCCCAUUCCCCCCUGCCUCCCUCGAAGUCGCGAACCCGGAGGAAGGGGGCCGGGCGGGGACAGGAGCAUCUUUGCGGCAGCCUCGUGCGCGGAUCCCCAUCCCGUUCCAGCCUCGGGGCCGGGGACCUCCCCUUUUCCCCCCACCCCGCGCCUUCCCGCACGCCAAGCCGCUCCGGGCCCCGGCCCCGGCCCCGGCCCGACCCUCACCUCGGCCUGUGUUUGCGUGCCCUGCCCGUCCUGUGACUCCUGCGCCCCCUAAGUCACGACUCUGCUUCCGGGCCCCAACAACUGACCCUCGGGGGGCGCCCGGGGGCGCUCGGGCCGGCCAUGGAGGCCGUGUACCUGGUGUUGAACGGAAUCGGCCUGGCCUUGGAUGUGCUGAGCUUCGUGCUGGACCUCAACUUCCUCCUCGUGUCCUCCUUGCUGGCCGCCCUGACCUGGAUGGUGACCUUCAUCUACAACCUGCCACACACGGUCCUGGCCGGCCUCCUGCAUCUGGGCCGGGGGACGCUGCUGUCCUUCGUGGCUGCCACGGAAAGCCUGAUCCGCCUGCUCCUGGGGGUCCUGCAGGCGGUGGGAGCCCUGCUGCGGAGCUGUUGUUCAGGCCUGGAGAGCCUGAAGGUGGUGGGCCACCUGGCCUUACACGUGGCCACGAGGGGCAGAGAGCUGGUCCAUCGUGGGGUCCUGAGCAUGGUCUCCUCCAGCCAUGCCCUGCUGCGCCAGGCCUGUGACGUCUGCGCCAUCGCCAUGAGCUUGGCGGCCUACGUGGUCAACAGUCUGGUCAACAUCUGCCUCAUUGGAACUCAGAACCUCUUUGCCCUUGGACUGGCCCUCUGGGACUCUGUGACGGGGCCGCUGUGGAGAGUGACUGAUGUGUUAGGAGCCUUCUUUGCCCAUGUUUCCAGCAGUGCUGUUGCCAUGGCAAUUCUCCUCUGGACUCCUUGCCAGUUGGUACUGGAGUUAGUAGCCUCUACCACCCGUCUUCUGGCCAGUGUCUUGCUAGCUAAUCUCUUUGGCUUGGUGUUGCUGGUGGUAGUGUUGGCAGUGACCAUAACCAUCCUGCACCCAGAUUUUGCCAUGCGGCUGGCAGUCCGGGUAACUGAGCAGUUUCAUGCCCUGCCUUCUUACCACCGGCUCCGUGGGGAUGUGGUACGACUCUGCCGAUUGGCACUGGGUUCAGAGUCUUGGCGCAGGGUACGGAGCCGGAGCCUGCAGCUGGCAAGCUGGCCCAUUGGUGGGGGUGGUGGAAGAGCAGGAGGAGGGGGGGCCCCUGGGGCCCCCCAGGGUGGGCCAAGGAGGGGGCCACCUGCCAGAAUCCGGGGACACGAGCAUCCUCCUGACCCAGUGCCCAGGCUUCCCUUUCGACCAGAGGAAGGGGCAGGGGCAGCUCGGGUGGCACCUGUCAGGGGCCGGGAAAGACUCAAUGAGGAGGAGCCACUGCCUGGGCAUGACCCAUGGCAGCUGCUGAAGGAACAAGAGGAAAGAAAGAAAUGCGUCAUCUGUCAGGACCAAAGUAAAACUGUGCUUUUGCUACCGUGUCGACACCUCUGCCUAUGCCAAGCCUGCACCGAGAUUCUGCUGCGUCAACCAGUCUAUCAGCAAAAUUGCCCACUGUGUCGUCAGGAUAUCCUGCAGACCCUCAACGUCUACCUCUGAGGGCUCUGCGCCCAUCCCAACUCCCCUCACCAUGGUGUUUUUUUUUUUCCACUUGGGGAUUCAUUCUGCCCUUCCCAUUGCCCUCCUGAGCAGGUGGGCACCCCUAUAGCCCUACUGAUCCAGAGGACAUCUGGGCUCACAUUCCAAGCCUUUGAAGCCAUAAGGACACAAAGAUUUCCCCUUCUUCACCUUCUUAGGGUUAAGGGAAAAGAGAAGCAGACAGACCAGCUAGGUCAGAAAGAGGGUGGGGGGGGGGGAGAAUGAUGACAUAGUUUCUCUAUGCCUUCUAGGACCAGAAAAUUUUAGGGGUGGUGAGGAUGGGAGCAUCUGUAUCACCUAUGCAAGUGCCCUUGAGGCUACAAUCCUUUGGGCUCCUGCCCAGAUGCCAAUCUUUGUAUUGGGCCAAAGAGGUCCUGAACUUGUUUCUGGUUUUCCUUUUGGGGGCCUGUUAUUUUGGCCCAUCUUACUCCCCUACCUAGGCCCUCCUGCCAGAGCAGAUCUGCCUGCUACUUAUCUGGCAGCUGAAGAUCAUUGGGAAGAUACUUGACUUUUGUAGAUCUUUGACCUAUGCUAUCAGCCAAUUUCCUGCCGCCUUGGGGAAUCCAGGGGUAGGGAGAUGUGGGGUGUCUUUCAUUUGCUCUCUGCUGUUGAGAGUUGCCCCUGCUCUCUCAAAGCCCAAAAGCUAACUUGAGGCCAAUGCUCCCCUGGGAAAGAAGAGAGAAAGAGGAUGAAGAUGAUCCUAGAUUCCUUCAGUGUUUGUCUUUUGGUCCCUCUUGCACCCUGUCUCCAUUGGGAGUCCAAAGGAGAGCAGUCAGAGCUCCUAUAUCCCUAUCCCCUUAAUUCCACUUCUGAAAAUCACAUUCCCACCAGCCCUCUCUCCCCUUUCUGGGGAACACAGGUUCUACAUUCCACAUGAAUUAUGGGUCCAGGCACUUCAAGAGGGAGGGGCUGAUAGCAUUUCCCUGAACAUUUACACUGUUAGAAUUUAUUUGUGAAUAAAGUCUGUUACACAGCC